UUGACAGCUCCAGCUGACGAGCGAAUCAAGAACAAAAGAAGAAUACAAACAAAUUUUCGCCAUUGUCAGCUCCUCGAAGAAAAAGUAAACAAUUCCUUCAAAAUUCGCCAAAAAUUAAGCUCGAAAAAUGUCUUCAGAACGAUCCACUUGCAAAUCGCGUUCCCCGAAGCUAUUCGAUUUAAGCUGGGAAGAUAUUCUAUUACCCAAUUUGGCCAUUCAUCUAUCCCUCAAAGACUCCUUCAACCUACGCUGUUGCUCGAAGGCAAGUAAAAAAUUCGUCGAAAAAUCAUUUCGUUUUAUAAAGGUCAUCAAUUUCUCGGGAAAUAAUUCAACCAAUAUUAAUUUGGCCUUUGCUGUACUUGCGCAAAAUUGCCACAAGCUGGAGCGCCUCUAUUUGGCCAGAUGUGAGUGGCUUGUCGAUGAACUUAUGCUCAGCAUUCUGUCCCGAAAUAAACGCCUCAAAGUGGUGAAUCUCAACGAAUGUGUUCAGCUUACACCACUAUCCCUUCAGCCGAUUAUUAUCGAUUGUAAGGAGCUACAGGUGCUGAAUCUUUCAAAAUGCGACUGGCUAACUACGGGGACGGUAGAUGCUCUGACUCUGCAUCAGAAUAACAUUGAAGAGUUCGAUAUAUCCCACUGUUCCACGAUUGGCGAACGCUGUUUAGUCAUAUUCUUUCGCAAGAUGAACAAACUCAACAUCCUCUCCUUGGCCUUCUCCCAAAGUGUCACCAACAAUGUUCUUAUUCAAAUUGCCAAUUACUGCAAAGCCUUGGAGCACAUUAACUUAUCUGGUUGUGCUGCCAUCUCAGAUCAUGGAGUACAAGCUAUAACCGCUGGUUGUCCCAAUCUAAAGUCCUUGAUGGUUCAGCAUUGUCCUGGAGUGACGGAGAGGGUUCUAGCACCUUUGCGCGGUCGAAUGCACAUAGAUCGCCCAACCCAAAGCUAUAAUCUGCUCAGUUUCGCACAACGACUUCGUGUUCAGGUUUAAAAAGCCUCAUAUAAAACCGUUAAUUUAAGGUCCAAAUGAUUAGUAAUAAUAACUGUUUUCUUUUUUUCAAAAAUAA